AUGGCACAAUACACAGACCAAGCCCUAAUUGACCAGGCCUUCAGAGAGCAUGAAGAUUGGAGCAAACGACCUAACGCAUCCGUACCUAAGAUCAAUCUAAAGCCUGGAAUUUUGGAAUGCCUCACGAACUUGCACAGCGAUGCUACCACACCAUGGGCACUUUGCGAGUCAAUAGCCAGUCCACCAAGUCCAGGGAUCUGUCUCAAAUAUGGCGGUGGGAUUGGAUUGCCGCUCUCAGAUGGUGAUGCGAAGGUACUUGUGUCAGCCAGUUACGAAUCUUCAAGUGCGGAAGGAGAUAUUGCGGAGUGGAUGGCUCGUAAUUUGUGGGAAUUUUCAGCUGAAGAGUUUGAGCUUACAAAUCCGAACUUUGGGUGCUUUGUAACAGGGGCUGUGAAGAAGGUCACUGCUGAUUUGGGGGUUGAUGUUGCGGGUGGAUCGGUAAGAGUAGAGCUACAUAAAAUGACACUUCGUGAUGCAGGAGAGCAGACACGGCUUCAGAAGUAGGUUAUAUUUCGAAUUAGUCUAGUAGUGGGCUCAAAUAUGACUAACAUUCAAAGCUCCGAGGCCACUCCAUCAAAUUUCGCCACUUUGGAAAUCUGCCUGCCUUCUAAACAUGAAGGUGGUGAGGUCCAAUUCAGCUUCCAUGGCCAGAGAAGGACGCUACAAACGGCUGGCUCAUCACCAUUCGACAGCACAUAUCUCGCUUGGUUUGUUUGUGUGUCACUGAAAGUGUCUCGCUUAUCUUUUAUAGGUUUUCUAAUGUUGUCCAUGAGGCAAACCCUAUCAUUAAGGGUCGUCGAUUGAGUCUUACUUAUAACCUCUUUCACCAAAAUUUAGGUCGUGAUGAACUAAGAGCUGGUGUAAAUGUAUCGGUAACAAAGCUCAAGUCGCUGCUUUCCUCUUGGAAAUGCGAUCUCCGCGACAAAACAUCAACUUUUCAGUAUUUUACUCAUAUGCUUGAUGGUCGAUAUGAUGGAUUCAGCCUCUCUUUUAGUUCUUUGAAGGGACGUGAUCUCACGGCACUGUCUGGACUUCUCCAGCUUUGCGAUGAGCUUGAGCUUGAGCUUGUUGUAUAUCUGGCUAAUAUAGAAGUAUCGGUCAAGGGCAAUGCUUCUACAGAUAAUGAGAUUGUUGACGUGGAUAAAAUGCUGACAUCUUUGUUGAAGGUUGUGGAUUCAGAUGGUAGAACGGUAGCAGAAAACAUGCAACUGAACGAUCCACAUUUCAUUCAAGGUGAUGGUAUCGUGCCGUUCAAGGGGAAGAAACCGGAUGAAAUACACGACGAUUCUCAUAACGAAGAUCAAGGUUAUACUGACUGGAGCAUUGAUCACUAUGAACCAUAUUUGCGAUACGUAUUUCACCAGACGGUAUGUAAAGUCUCCAUAUGAUGGCGUAACUAUAUUUAUAACGCAUCAUUCUAGGUAGCCAUUGUCAUGCCAAGGAGUUUCAGACCUCUGAUCUUCUUUGGACCCAGAGACCCAGGCAACGACCCUUGGAGCGCAUGUGACGCUUCUGCAGAAUACCCCAAGCCAAAAGUCGUACAAUGGAUAGGCAAACUUUAUGCAGAGCUUGAUGUUGACGAUAGUAUUUCUCUUCGCAAUGAUAUCCGGUAUAUCUGCAGAGUAGAUAUCUCAAAUGCGAAUCUACGAACAAAAACAAGAAGAACAUCAACAAUCCCAAGCCUCAAGGUACCCCAGAUAUCCCCAGAGAGGACAUGAACAGAAUUCUAUUUCUGAUGCCACGCUGGAGUAUGUCAUCUUGACUUGUAUCAGAUUAGGGGAUCUGGAUCUUCUUGCGGAUGCGAUGUUUCUGUUUCCGCAGCGGGAACGGCCGACAGAUGCGUUUUUAUCAAAACUUGGGGCGGCUCUUCUAAAUCAUCGCCGCAGGAUUUUUUAUCAGAGUAAGUGCAUUCCAAGAUAGAAUUCAAAGGAAGAUUGUGCGUCAUUGCUCUGUGAAAGAUUGAUUCAUCAAGCCAUGCAUUGAAUGAUAAUGGUAGUUUGAAGCAUGAUCUGAAAAGAAAUUCGCUAACAUCAAUUACAGGCUUAGUCGUCGCUUUUCAGCGUGGAACACCUUCGUUUCUCAGUACGAAAUUCUUAAAGCAAUAGAAGCUGGUAUGAAUGAGGAAGGAGCCCUGGACUUGGAAAUUCAUGAUAGAUGUAAGUCGUGGAUAGAUUAUGAGAUCUGGAGAGCUAUGAAUGUCACAAACAUUAGCACACCACGAGAUGGGGCUAUUUUGGGGGAGUUAGUGAGCGAUUGUUUCUCUACUGUAGUUGGGCAACCGUGGCAUCUUUCAAGAGAGAGACUUGCUGAUAGGUUCGUCACACAUAAUCUGAAGACUCAGACAUUUCUAACCAACAUAGUAUUGUGGAUGUUGUUGAAGCCAAUAUACAUAACACGUCAAUGACCGUGGAGUUCCUCAACACCCUUUCUCGCCCAUCUAAUAACAAGCCCGAUUCUUGUCAGAAAUUCACAGUGCUAUUGUGCAAAAACUUGCCAGCCACCUCAGCAUGGACACCUUUUCAAACACCACCCAAGAGCUUAAGGCCCGAAACUGCCACCCUGUUGUCGAGCUCUUGAUGCAGUGUCAAAAAUUCGGUAACCGGAAAGGAAUCGCUCGUCUGCUAGGGGGAUUCUUAGCAAAGUUCAGAUCACACCAGUUGGACUAUACAACACUAUCUAUAUACCAUUCCUCAGAGGACUAUGUAGGGAACUCGUCCCUCUGAACGUACCACUACAGGGUUCUUUUUUCCAGACAUUCUUUCAAUGCAUGCUCAUCACAUACGUCUACUUCUACGUCGGAAGAGCGCCCCAAAUUCCACUCGAUUGGAGCCGUCCGCUAUCUAAUUGUCCCCCAGAUUGUCAAGAUUGCAACAGACUAAACAUUUUCCUAGCCAGUCCCCACGAAACACUAGCAAAAUUCGCCAUCGGGAAAGCAAGACGUCAACAGAUCCAACAACAAUGCGAAGCCAUAGGAGGAUUCUCCUUCGACGAAAUAUCAGGAUCAGGAAUCGUCCUAGUAAUAACCAAGGACCUAUCUGAGUUUCAGAAAGAACAUCAGAAUUGGACUGUUCGAUUCCAAGCCACAAAGGCCACUUUCGAACGUUUUGGCGAACCACUUCGGAGGAUGCUGGGGGAUAAAUAUCUGGCUAUUACUUCCCUUUCUGUAGAUGGGCUUCCGCGAGUGAAUUGGGAUGCGCGUUAUUUUCCUCCGCCACCGACUCAGCCAGUGGUGCGAAAUAGGAACAUUCCGUUUUGGGGAGAUAUUGGACAAACGGAAUUUCAUGAGAGUCGGUAUGGAAGUCAGAUGAGGAUUUUACCUCCUAUUACGAAGCCGAGGAAGGCUCCGCUUCUGGUUCCAUCUGGUGCUGUGGUGAUCAAGUUGAAGGACUGA